AUGUUAUUACUGGCAACCACCACUGCCCUUCGCAAUGGCGCCACUGAUAGUACAUCAGUGGAAGAAGCAGACGAUCCCACCAAGCAGGACUUUAGUGGAGAAGCUGCCACUCUGUUCGGGGGCAUUCGAAUUCCAGCUGCACUUUUUGCCGGUGCUUCUGCCGGUGCUGCGUUUGCCAUGCCUAUUUCUGCCACAGCAUCGGAAGGUCUCAAGGUCGGAUUGGUGAAACGCAUCUACGCUCUGCUCAUGAUGGCCACGUUGACGUCACAAAUCAUUGCCAUUGUGGUGGGGACCGUGGCGUCGUCGGCAUUGGCCAACAAGUGUCCCUUUGUCAAAACAGCCAGUGUGUCAGAAUUUCUCAAUGCCAAUUAUCCCUUGGAGUGGGCGGCUUGCCGCUUCCAUUUUUUAUCUGGCGUCCUCCUGUUCGUCUUGGGUGUGGGCAUGAGAGCAUGGAUCACGGUGGCCUGUCCAGUCUUUGCCAAGGCCAGUCUAGGGGCUGUCAUUACAACCUCUUUGCUGUGUGUUGCCUUUGUCCAGGAUCUCUACGAACGCAUUGAUGGUUUCACAGGUUGUGGCCAAGUAGAUUCCUUCUAUAAUCUGCCGAUUCGGUAUCUUAGGCUUUUAGCACAGAAAGCACUCAAGAAACCCAUGUUCGCAGCAGCUUUUGUCUCCAUGCUGGCAACCUAUGGAUACCUCUUCUUCCAGGCACCCCACGUAAUUCGCUACCUUACUUCAUGA